GUGAACCUAACAUAGAUUUUAAGAACACCACCCCCCUAAACAUUCCCAACAUCAUCUCCAACAUUUUCCCAUUUUGCUUCUUCUUCUUCUUCUUCUUCUUCUUCUUCUUCAUAGACAGUUAAAACACUAGACCUUCUUUUAUGUUGAAGUUGAGCAAGAAACCUUUCCCAAUGAUUGAAAAGCUCUCAGAAAUGUUGGUUUCCGGCAACCGUGCCGGAUUUCUUGACGUGGGGUCAAGCCCUAGAGGGCCACUAGACCUCAAGUUGCAGUCUCCUUCUCCAAGUCCAAGAGGUUUGAAGAGUUAUGAUGCUGGUGGCGUUGGCUUGGGGAUAGUAGCUGCCUUGGAGAAGUCGAGUCAUAAUGGACGUGAGAUUCUUCCAAAGUGUGCUGUUUAUGGUCACGGUUCCAACCGGUCCAACCCAAUUCCGGUCAGCUCCGCUCAGAAAUCCGAUGAGGGUUUUCAUGAACUUGAGGAUGAAGAUAGUGAGGAAAAUUAUACCUUUGUGACUUGCCAUGGAAGGAACAAGUCCAUCACUAAGGUUUACUAUGAUGGAGGUGACUGCAGAACAAGUACUGAGCACCAUGUCAGCUUUGCUACAUGUCAUGUGACCCAUGUCAAUCCUGACCAAAACCAGAACAAUAAACAAAAACAAGCUCCGCUGUAUCCCACAUCCGCUUUUCUCAGCUCAUGCCAUUUGUGCAGCAAAACGCUUGAUGGCUUAGAUAUUUACAUGUACAGGGGAGACAAAGCAUUUUGUAGCACAGAGUGUAGAGCUACACAGAUCAUGAAUGAUGAGCGUAAAGAACAGUGCAGAUCAGAAACUUCAAGAAGAUCUGCAGAUGUUUCAAGCUCGCCUUAUUCGAGAGAUCAGAUUUUCUUCUGUACUGGUAUUCUUGCGAUUUAGCAGCAAAUCAUUAUUUAACGAAGGCGGCAGCAGCAGAGUACAUAGACGGCUAGCACUAUCUAUACAAAAUAUGAGAAGCUGUCAAUUUGAUCAUCUUCUAUCGGACCCAAUCGACGCUAAUAACAGAAGAAACAAGGAAAAUUUUGAUGUAUCAGAUCGACGAUCUUACAAGAAGCGAUGACGAAUUGACAUCUUAACAUUUCUUGAUAAAAAAACGAAGUUCAUAUUUUGAUUUUGGCUUCAGUUAGAUUGAUGAAAAACAGAUUGAAUGCUAGUUUGUCGUAUUCAGAAAUUGUGAUACUAAUCGAACAAAAUGCAUGAUCUGGUAUCGAGGUUAUAGCAGCUGCUUCUGUAACACUAUUGCCCUGAUAGUAUACAUGUCGUAAUGUCAAAAAAUAUAUCUUUUCCAUGUUUAGUAGAUAAUGCAUAUGAGGUGAAGGUAAGCUGUAAGCAAGUGGAAUGAACCGCUUUGUGUGGCAAGUCAGUUAACAGCGAAAGAAAAGAGCGUGGCCACUGUUUAGUGUCUCAUGUAGCAACUGUUAUAGUAAUCAAGUCCUUUCCAAAUGGUGUUCAGA